GCAUCAGUCACAUGAUCCUUAGUAACGGAAACUCUGCCGCAGUACGACGAACCCGCAGUGUGUAUUAAAACAUAAAGCAAUGCCCAGGUCUUGAGGCUAAAGUGGGACCUCCCGUAAAGGGACUCCAAUAUCUUCCACACAACCUAGGAGAGGAAAGACUAAGGGGUGGAGCUCUGAGGUGACGCGGUAUAGGAACUAUUUUAAACCUCCUUACUUCAUCACUACACGUUUUUUAUUACUGUGGCGCGUCUGGGUCGUGGAAGGAUUGUAUGUAGAAAAGUUUAUAUUAUAUUUUUUGCCAGCGUGGGAAGAAUGGAAUAUUUAAUCAGAUAGAAUCUACUCGGAUUGAAGAGGUCCAGUAGUCGGCAUCCCAUAUCCUUUCGUUCUUUCCGUCACCCAGCGUUGUAUAGCAGCAUCUCUUUGCCCCUCCCUUAUUUCUUCCCCCCAGAAACGCCGCCUAGCGUCUCACAGAGCUUCUCCGGGCAGGUUCUGUGCUGUAUGUUGGAUUUGGGUCUGUUUAAUUUUAUCUAGUCAUGGCACAAAUACUUCCCAUAAGGUUCCAGGAGCAUUUCCAGCUCCAGAAUUUGGGCAUUAAUCCUGCUAAUAUUGGCUUCAGUACUCUGACGCUGGAAUCUGAUAAAUUUAUCUGUGUCCGAGAGAAGGUGGGAGAACAAGCACAGGUGGUCAUUAUUGACAUGAGUGACACUUCUAAUCCAAUUCGACGACCGAUCUCUGCUGAUAGUGCCAUUAUGAAUCCUGCUAGCAAAGUGAUUGCUCUGAAAGAUGCUGGAAAAACGCUACAGAUAUUUAACAUCGAAAUGAAGAGUAAAGUGAAAGCUCAUACCAUGUCUGAGGAAGUGACGUUUUGGCGAUGGAUAUCUGUGAAUACAGUUGCCUUGGUAACAGAGACUGCUGUUUACCACUGGAGUAUGGAGGGGGAUUCGCAACCCCAAAAGAUGUUUGAUAGACAUGCCAGCCUUGCAGGUUGUCAAAUCAUCAACUAUAGGACAGAUCAUCAACAGAAGUGGCUACUCUUGAUAGGAAUAUCUGCACAGCAAAACCGUGUGGUUGGUGCAAUGCAGCUGUAUUCUGUGGAUCGGAAGGUAUCUCAGCCAAUAGAAGGCCAUGCCGCAGCUUUUGCAGAAUUUAAAGUUGAAGGAAAUACUUCACCUUCAACACUCUUUUGUUUCGCUGUGCGGACCCAGGCAGGAGGCAAGUUGCAUAUUAUUGAAGUUGGUCAACCUGCAGCUGGAAAUCAACCUUUUGCAAAGAAAGCUGUCGAUGUCUUCUUCCCUCCUGAAGCUCAGACAGACUUCCCUGUGGCUAUGCAGAUUGGGGCAAAGCAUGGCGUAAUUUAUUUGAUCACCAAGUAUGGAUACAUUCAUUUGUAUGAUCUGGAAUCUGGAGUAUGCAUUUACAUGAACCGGAUCAGUGCAGAUACCAUAUUUGUAACUGCUCCGUAUGAACCUACCUCUGGCAUUAUAGGAGUGAACAAGAAAGGGCAGGUACUGUCAGUCUGUGUUGAAGAAGAAAAUAUUGUGAAUUAUGCAACAAAUGUCCUGCAAAAUCCAGACCUUGGUCUUCGAAUGGCUCUGCGCAGUAAUCUGCCUGGUGCUGAGGAACUCUUUGCUCGGAAGUUUAAUACAUUAUUUGCACAAGGGAAUUAUGGGGAAGCUGCUAAAGUGGCUGCAUCAGCACCUAAGGGAAUCCUACGAACGGCUGACACAAUUAGAAAAUUCCAGUCUGUGCCAGCUCAACCAGGACAAGCCUCUCCAUUACUUCAGUACUUUGGGAUUUUGCUUGACCAGGGACAGCUUAAUAAAUUUGAAUCUUUGGAACUCUGCCGCCCAGUGCUUCAGCAGGGUCGUAAACAGCUUUUGGAGAAAUGGCUGAAGGAAGACAAGCUGGAAUGUUCAGAGGAGCUUGGAGACUUGGUUAAGACUGCAGACCCAACUCUUGCUUUAAGUGUGUAUCUGCGUGCCAGUGUACCGAACAAAGUAAUUCAGUGUUUUGCUGAAACGGGUCAGUUUCAGAAAAUUGUGCUGUAUGCAAAAAAGGUUGCCUAUACUCCGGAUUGGAUUUUCCUUUUAAGAAAUGUAAUGCGAGUAAGCCCAGACCAAGGCCUUCAGUUUGCACAGAUGCUUGUACAGGAUGAAGAACCAUUAGCAAACAUCAAUCAGAUUGUUGAUGUCUUCAUGGAAAAUAACCUAGUUCAGCAGUGUACUUCAUUCCUCUUGGAUGCCUUAAAGAAUAAUCGUCCUGCUGAGGGACAUCUACAGACACGUUUGCUGGAAAUGAAUCUGAUACAUGCCCCACAGGUUGCUGAUGCCAUUCUUGGGAACCAGAUGUUCACACACUAUGACCGUGCACAUAUUGCCCAGUUAUGUGAGAAAGCAGGCCUGCUACAGAGAGCUUUAGAACACUAUACUGAUCUGUAUGACAUUAAACGAGCUGUAGUUCACACUCACCUCCUUAAUCCUGAGUGGCUUGUGAAUUUCUUUGGCUCCCUUUCAGUGGAGGACUCCGUAGAGUGUCUUCGUGCUAUGCUUUCAGCCAACAUUCGUCAAAACCUGCAAUUGUGUGUUCAAGUGGCAUCAAAAUAUCAUGAGCAGUUAGGCACCCAAACCUUGGUGGAGCUGUUUGAAUCUUUUAAAAGUUAUGAAGGAUUGUUUUAUUUUUUGGGUUCUAUUGUAAACUUCAGUCAAGAACCAGAUGUCCACUUCAAAUACAUCCAGGCAGCUUGCAAGACUGGACAGAUCAAGGAAGUAGAGCGAAUAUGUCGUGAGAGUAAUUGCUAUGAUCCAGAACGUGUGAAGAAUUUUCUAAAGGAGGCCAAGCUCACUGAUCAACUCCCUUUGAUUAUUGUAUGCGACAGAUUUGAUUUUGUUCAUGAUCUGGUGCUGUACCUGUAUCGCAACAACUUACAGAAAUACAUAGAAAUCUAUGUACAGAAGGUGAAUCCAAGUCGAAUACCUGCAGUUGUGGGUGGGCUUCUCGAUGUAGAUUGUUCAGAAGACAUCAUCAAAAAUCUUAUUAUGAUUGUCCGUGGGCAGUUCUCGACAGAUGAAUUGGUAGCUGAGGUGGAAAAACGCAACAGGUUAAAACUGCUGCUUUCUUGGUUGGAAUCUCGAAUUCAUGAAGGCAGUGAAGAGCCUGCUACUCACAAUGCCCUAGCUAAAAUUUACAUCGACAGCAACAAUAAUGCGGAACGUUUCCUGCGCGAGAACCCAUUCUACGACAGUUGUGUUGUAGGCAAAUACUGUGAAAAGCGGGAUCCCCACCUAGCCUGUUUAGCAUAUGAAAGGGGGCAGUGUGAUCUUGAACUCAUCAAGGUUUGCAAUGAGAACUCGCUUUUCAAGAGUGAGGCUAGAUACUUGGUACGCAGGAAGGACCCCGAGCUGUGGGCAAGAGUACUGGAUGAGAAUAACCCUUACAGAAGACCACUGAUUGAUCAGGUGGUUCAGACUGCACUUUCAGAAACCCAAGACCCCGAAGAAGUAUCUGUUUCAGUAAAAGCUUUCAUGACUGCAGACUUGCCUAAUGAAUUGAUUGAACUGUUGGAGAAAAUAGUCUUGGACAAUUCAGUGUUCAGUGAGCACAGAAAUCUCCAGAAUCUUUUAAUUCUGACUGCAAUCAAAGCUGAUCGCACACGUGUCAUGGAGUACAUCAACCGUUUGGAUAACUAUGAUGCUCCUGAUAUUGCAAACAUUGCCAUCAGUAAUGAGCUGUUUGAAGAGGCCUUUGCUAUAUUUCGAAAGUUUGAUGUGAAUACAUCUGCUAUUCAGGUCCUUAUAGAACAUAUAGGAAAUUUGGAUCGUGCCUAUGAGUUUGCAGAGAGGUGCAACGAGCCAGCAGUUUGGAGUCAGCUGGCCAGGGCACAGCUCCUGAAGGACAUGGUAAAAGAAGCCAUCGAUUCUUACAUCAAGGCAGAUGAUCCUUCCUCUUACAUGGAAGUAGUUAAUGCAGCCAGCAGGAACAACAGCUGGGAAGAUUUGGUUAAAUUCCUUCAAAUGGCCAGGAAAAAGGCAAGGGAAUCCUAUGUGGAAACAGAGCUGAUUUUUGCUUUAGCAAAGACCAACAGACUAUCGGAGCUGGAAGAAUUUAUUGCUGGUCCUAACAAUGCUCAUAUCCAGCAGGUUGGUGACCGUUGUUAUGAUGAUGGAAUGUAUGAAGCAGCCAAAUUGUUGUACAACAAUGUUUCAAACUUUGCCCGGUUGGCAUCUACCCUAGUGCAUGUUGGAGAAUACCAAGCAGCUGUGGACAGUGCCCGCAAGGCUAAUAGCACCAGAACUUGGAAGGAGGUAUGCUUUGCUUGCGUUGAUGGGCAGGAGUUUCGGCUGGCACAGAUUUGUGGUCUUCACAUUGUAAUCCAUGCUGAUGAACUUGAAGAGCUUAUCAGCUAUUACCAGGAUCGUGGCUACUUCGAGGAGCUGAUUGCCUUACUUGAAGCUGCACUUGGCCUGGAACGUGCUCACAUGGGAAUGUUCACUGAGCUUGCCAUCCUGUAUUCCAAGUUUAAACCUCAGAAGAUGAGAGAGCACCUGGAACUGUUCUGGUCCCGAGUCAAUAUUCCAAAAGUACUUCGUGCUGCUGAGCAGGCCCAUCUGUGGGCUGAACUGGUUUUCCUGUAUGACAAAUAUGAAGAGUAUGACAAUGCAAUAAUUACUAUGAUGAAGUACCCCACUGAUGCAUGGAAGGAGGGACAGUUCAAAGAUAUCAUUGCCAAGGUUGCCAAUGUGGAACUGUAUUAUAAGUCCAUGGAUUUCUACUUGGAUUACAAACCUCUUUUAAUCAAUGAUCUCCUGUUAGUACUAUCUCCACGACUGGAUCAUACCAGGACAGUCAACUUUUUCGUCAAAGUGAACCAGUUGCCUUUGGUCAAACCUUAUUUACGUUCUGUUCAGAAUCACAACAACAAAGCUGUCAACGAGGCUCUGAAUAACCUGCUUACAGAGGAGGAAGACUAUCAGGGUUUACGUGCAUCAAUUGACGCAUAUGAUAACUUUGACAACAUCAGCCUUGCUCAGCGCUUGGAGAGACAUGAACUAAUUGAGUUUAGACGUAUCGCAGCAUAUCUGUACAAGGGCAACAACCGUUGGAAACAGAGUGUGGAGCUUUGCAAAAAAGAUCGUCUUUACAAGGAUGCAAUGCUGUAUGCAGCAGAGUCAAAAGACACAGAGCUGGCAGAGAAGUUGCUACAGUGGUUCUUAGAGGAAGGCAAACAUGAAUGCUUUGCUGCUUGUUUAUUCACAUGCUAUGAUCUAUUACACCCAGAUGUUGUUCUUGAACUGGCUUGGAGGCAUAAUAUUAUGGAUUUUGCAAUGCCUUAUUUCAUCCAGGUCAUGCGGGAGUACCUCACAAAGGUUGAUGAAGUGAGUGAGAAGGUUGAUAAACUUGAUGCUUCUGAAAAUCUGAGAAAAGAGGAGGAACGAGUAACAGAACCCACUCCAAUUGUGUUUGGUCAGCAGCUGAUGUUAACAGCAGGUCCCAGCCCUGUCCCUAAUGCAGUCCCACCACAGUCUGGUUUUCCAUAUGGAUAUACAGCACCUGGAUACACUCAGCCACCUUUUGGGUUUUCUAUGUGAAAGUUACUUUUGGUCUCUCAUUGUUUGACAAUAUCUUGUUUCACGCUACAUCACCAAGAAAUGUGACUGUCUUAAUACCACAGCACCACUUUGUUGGGAAAAUGCUCUUCCAGCACAGACAUUUCUGAAGGAUUCUUAUGUCAGUAAUUUAUUGUGUUCCUGUUGGAUUUCAACUUUAAAGCCCAGCUUUUAAAUUAUUGGCAUUGCAGACUUCCCAAGUAUAUAUACAAGCACUAAGGAAGUUAAUUGUUGGGAAAAAAAGUGGCGUCUCAUGACUGUACUGGAAGUAAAGGUUAGCAGCUGAUGAAGCAGUAAGGUUUGCUCUUGGUUCAGACUUGCAUUUGUCUUUCUGGUAAAUAGACAUUUGCACUUGAAGAAAAAGUGUACUGUACAGUGUUAGACUUAAAACAUGCAUAGGUAAAUAGGUGGAGAAUUUUAACUUAUUAAAUUUUGAAGUGUAAUAUAUACCUGUGGACAUCAUUGGUUGAGUAAGCAUACAGUGUUUUGACUUCCACUAUUUAUACCUCUAAGCAUUAAAAAAGUAGUAUUGCAUUUGAAGCAGACACUCCAGAUUUUGUCACUGUUCUGCUGCCUAUUGGUUGUACAAGUUUAUAAGAAAGUAUCUUUUAAUAAGAUGAUGUUUUACAUGUACUUGGCACUUUGCUGUUAAAGUAAUGGUACAGCUGGUAGAAUUAGGGCUGAAGUAGUUUCUUCCGUUAAAAUAUGAAACUAACAAGAGAUGAAUAUAAUAUCUACUGUUUUCUGUGCAUGUGUCAUAAAUAGAAUGCAGUUACACAAAGGGACACGGAGAAGUUGCCAAUGAAGAUAUUGACCAGUGGACCUGAUUCUCUGAAACAAAUGCUCAACACAUUUUAAAAUACAUGCAGUGCAGACCCUCAAGGGUCAGUGACUUUUUUUCACUGUGACAGUGCAAAUACAAUGCGCUCAUGUUGCAUAUGCUUCCAAGAAUGCCAUCAAAGAUGCAUUAAUUGCCAUGUGCCACUCUUCAAUUUAUUGGAAAUAUUUUAUUAACUGAAAGUAGGAGAGAGAUGUAUAAUUUAUCGUCAUGGAAUCUUGUGAUACUCAUGAAUAUUAUAGUCCAUAUUAUAAAGUCCAUUUAUAAAUGUG